AUGGACGCCGGGGGAGAGAAGUGUGGCGACGCGGCGGCGGCGGAGGGCGGCGGCGACCUCUACGCCGUCCUCGGGCUCAAGAAAGAGUGCUCCGACGCCGACCUCAAGGUCGCUUACCGGAAGCUCGCCAAGAAAUGGCACCCGGACAAAUGCUCCUCCUCCAGCAGCGUGAAGCACAUGGAGGAAGCCAAGGAGAAGUUCCAAGAGAUCCAGGGCGCCUAUUCUGUACUCUCUGACGCCAAUAAACGCCUCCUCUACGACGUGGGAGUAUAUGAUGAUGAGGACGACGAGGAUAGUAUGCAGGGGAUGGGGGACUUCAUUGGUGAGAUGGCCCAGAUGAUGAGCCAGGUGCGGCCGACGAGGCAGGAAAGCUUUGAGGAGCUGCAGCAGCUUUUUGUGGACAUGUUCCAGUCUGAUAUUGAUUCAGGAUUCUGCAAUGGGACUGCUAAGGACCAUCAAGCUCAGGGGCAAGCCAAAAGUAGAACAUGCUCGACCUCACCUUCAUCAUCACCGUCCCCUCCUCCUACUACUAUAGUAAAGGAGGCAGAGGUGCCAUCAUGUAAUGGCUUCAAUAAGCGGGGUUCAUCAGCAAUGGACUCAGGGAAGCCUCCAAGGCCUGUUGAAGGUGGUGCAGGUCAGAGCCAGGCUGGAUUUUGUUUUGGGGUGAGCGACACGAAACAAGCGGCAAAGCCGCGAGGUCCAUACACCAGCUGGAGGAGGAACGGCCGGAAACAGAAGCUGUCAUCCAAGCACGAUGUUUCAUCUGAAGAUGAAACUGCCGGUUCCUAG